CAGUUGCUUCGUAAAAGCGUACGCUUGGAGGUGAAGGCGUCGGAUUCUCGCGGUUGCCUCCCGCAACAGACAUGUCACCUCACAAAAGAAUCGCGUUGAUAUUUGGAGGGUUUGUAACGGCGGUCGCCGCCGCGUUUUACCCGAUAUUUUUUUACCCGCUUGCGCACAAAGACGACUACAAACAAGUCCAAAAGAUGAACCGGGAAGGAAUAAAUCAAGCUGAUGUGCAACCAGUAGGUGUGAAGAUUUGGUCCGAUCCGUUCAAGUCUGAAAGCAAGUGAUGACGGCAGAUGAUACAAAAGACAGCUCGACUGAUGAAGACCAUGAGAAAGAAAACCUCUUGUUUGAUGCAUGUUUGAUGAGUGAGUGAGCCUGUGAAAUGUGUUGUUUUCAAUGUUGGAUUUUUACAUUAUUCUAAAAUAAAGAAUGAAAC